AUGGCGAACGCGAGAACAGUACGGCUUCUGAGUUCUGGUUUAAAUGAUAGAGAUGAUGAAGAUGAAAUCCUCACUCCCAAGGAAGAGAUAGUAAGCAGUACAGAGGAGGAGGAAGAUAGUGAUGAUGAACUAAAACAGAAAGAAGAAGAGAAAGAGUUCAAACAUAGAAAAAGCGUCCACGAUCAGAGCCAAGCCAAGAAGUGUCGGUGUAUAAUCUCAAUACCAGUGCAGCCUGGGACAUCAUUGGAGGAAGAAGUCUAUGCUGUGUUACAUGGAAGUAAAUUUGCUGAACGAUCAAAUCAUGAACUUAGUGUGGCUGAAGAGGAGGCCUUGAAGGCUAUGAGUGUGGAAGAGGCAAGAGAAAGACGCAAGGAAUUGCAGAAGAUGAGAGCAUUACAGUCGUAUUAUGAAGCUAAAUGCAGAAGACAGAAAAAAAUUAAAAGUAAAAAGUAUCACCGGAUUCAAAGAAAAGCGCAUGACCGCUCAGAAAAGAAACAGCUUGAGGAGUUGGAGAGAGUGGACCCAACUGCAUAUGAACGGUUAACCUUGAAGCAUAAAAACACUGGUAAAUGGGCAAAGGGUGCUACAAGGUUUGGAAAACACAAUCCACAGAGUGUACAGGCAAUCAAUGAACAGCUACAAAAGAACAAAGACCUUACAACAAAAAUAUCUGCAACUAUUGAGUCAGAUGACGAGGAGGAGGAGGAGAAAGGUAACGGCGGUGAUUGGAUGAAAACUGAUAAAGGAGUCAGUAUUAAGCCUAGUCUUAGUGACAUCAACAAUCCAUGGUUUGCUGGUGAGCCAAAGAUUGCGAAGAAAAAGGAAAAUGAUACGAAAACUGAUGGGAAAGUUUAUCAUAAAUUGCAGCCAAUCACUUUAAAACAGGAUGCAUCAGAUGCAAGUUCCGACAGUGAAGAUGAACAAGACGUGGAUUCCAUGAAACCUGUUAGGAAGGUUAGAUUUUUUGAUGAACAAAAUUCCAGUGAUGAUGAAGUGGAGAUCAGAGAUGCAAAAAGUAAAAAUUUGCAACCAUGGCAACCUUUAGUCAAGAGGACAGAUACUGAAAAUGGUUUGAAAGUGGAUAAUGAGGAUGAACUCGAUCGGAACUCUGAUGAUGAAGAAAUAGAGCAAGAAAAUAAAAACACCCCAACAAAGGUAUCAAGUAGUAAAAAAAUAUCAGAACCAGUUGCUGAUGAAAAAGAAGAGGUUCAUGUUGACCCGACAAAAUUUUUCGAAAUAGAAUCCCGGAAAAUUCAAUCUGAGAAACCAGAUUUUGCCAUUUUGGAAGAUGACGCUGAUGAGGACGAGCAACGUAUCACCAUUCAGCAGGCAUUUGCUGAUGAUGAUGUGGUGUCAGCGUUCUCCAAAGAGAAACUGGAUAAAGUUGAUAAGGAUAAACCCAAAAAUAUUGAUCUGAGCUUGCCAGGAUGGGGAGAUUGGGGUGGAUCAGGGAUUGUGCCAAACAAAAGGAAAAAGAAAAAAAGUGCUGCAGUAAAUCAGUUGCCUUUCCCUUUUACCAACGCUCAGCAGUUUGAACGUAGCAUUAGGCAACCAGUGGGUCAAACCUGGAACCCAGAGUCAACCUUCAAAAAACUCACAAAACCCAAAGUGAGCACCAAAAUGGGAUCAAUCAUCGCACCAAUCACAUCAGAGGAAGCAUUCGAGGACAAAUCUAAAACCAAAAAAGGACAUCAGGAAAUCACUGAGAGUGGCCAAAUGAACUUUACCAAAAAACAGACAAAGAAUCAACGGAAAAAAUCUAAAGGUCGCCACCAGAAUAAAAAGAAUCAUCAAGAUGGAAAUAAGUAACUUUUCUCAAUGUAUUUGGCAGAUUAUAUAUUAAUUAUAAUAAAUCUAUAAUAAAAUUGAUUUUGUGAUUUA